AUGGAAGUCGAUGGAAAAAAUGAAGUUUUACCAAAUGAAGAUAUAAAAAAUGAAACUAAGGAAACAAAUUUAAGAAAUUUUGAACAAACCUUUAUAAGCGAUUGGAAGAAAGCCUUAAAAAGAGUAGAGGAAGGAAGGAAAUGUUGCGAACAUUUAAGUCGAAUAUUUCUGGAAAUUAUUCGAAUCGAAAAAGAAUAUGAGUACAGUUUAAGGAAUUUAUCUGUCCUGUUUAAGGAAUUUAAGAAUGAAUCAUCAGGGAUUAAAAAUGGUAUUAUAAGUUUAAAAAAGAAUAUUGAAAGAAGGUGUGAACAAAUUAAAGAUUUUAUUAAUUAUAUUGAAUGUGAAAUAUUAAAUAAUACGUUAAACACUACUUUGCUGAAUCAUAAAAAUGUAUUUGAUCAAAUAAAAAUAGAUGGAAUAGAAAAUGAUAAAGAGGUUGAGAAGACAAGAAAUGAGAGUGUAAGGUAUAUUGAAAAUUGUGUGGAUGCGUAUGAAACAUUAAUGGAGGCCAUUAACAUAUUUCAUAAUAGCACUUAUUAUCACCCUUUAAAGAGAAUAGAAUUAUCAAAUACUUGUAUACAUAAAUAUUUAAUAGCAAAAAAAAGAGAGUAUGAAUAUAAGAACACUAUUAAUAAUGUGAAUGAAGUUGAAUUAAAAAAAGAGAAAAGAUUGAAAAGUAUUUUACAUUCUUUAGAAUCUAUGGAUAGUAAAAGAAUUUCUUGUAUAAAAGAUAACAUUAUGAAAUAUUUAAUUUUCUUUACUUCCUAUAUUAGGAAUGUACAAUAUGAUUUGAAUAGCUGUAUUGACACAUUCAAAGAUGUGGAUGCUAGUAGAGAAAUUGAGGAGUAUUGUGAAUUGCACUACAAGGAUAUAAAAACAGAAAGUGAACAUUUAAUUUUUUAUAACAAUAUUGUUUCUUGGCCUAUGUUAAUUGAUUACCUAAAUGAAGUAAGUUCUAUGGAGAAAAAUUAUUCUUAUAAUAAUACCUCAGAGGAAAUUAGUACUUUAAAUAGUAGUAACCAUGUUACUAAUACUAGAAGCAAAUAUACUGAUUUAAUUUCCUCCUUUUUUAAUGCAAAUUUGUACAAGAACUUUUUACAAAAUGAUGACAAUAAUAGUACAAAGAAGAAGAAUGUGAAAAAUUCGAAUAAUCUGUAUACAAACAUUUUUAAUGAGAUUGUUUUUUUUAACAAAAAGGAAGAAAACGAUCAGGAGGUUUCAAGUUCAAGCGAUUCGGAGGAAGAGACUCACGAAGGAAAUCUCAAAUUGAGGAGAGGGAGAAAUGAAGUCACUGAACCGAUGGUCGAGCGAAAGGAGGGGGAAGUACUCAGCGAAAAAGCGGAAUUGAUGAGUAAGACGGAGUUUUCCAAUGGGGGAGAUAAACAGUGUAAAAAAUGUAAAGAUAAGGAAGACAAAGAGGAUAAUGAGGGGAAAGAAAAUAAGGGAAGCAGAGACGAUAAGGAGGGAAAAGCAGAUAAGGGAAGCAGAGACGAUAAGGAGGGAAAAGCAGAUAAUGGAGGUAAAGAAGAUACGGAGGGAAAAGAAGAUAAGGGAGGCAAUGAAGCAAAGGAUGAAGAGGGAAGUGCAGUCAUUAAGCAGGAAUUACCCAAUGAAAUUAACACAUGUGCAAAUGAAGCAAUGGAUAACGGGGGCAAAGACAAUUCACUUGAACAUAUGGAGGUUGAAGCUGAUUAUGAUUCACGCUGCAGUAAUAUGAGUGUCCGAUUAGACUGUGUUGAAGGUAGUAAUUGUGAAGGAAGGAAUAAUGAAGGGGGUGAAAAAAAGAUGGAUGAUAAUGGAAAAAUUAAUAAAGAGAUAACAAACUUAGAAAAAAUUAAAAAUGUUGUUGAUGGGAUGUACAAGAAUAGUACGAAUAAAAAAAGUGAAAAUAGUAGCGACGAAGGAGAGUCCGAUUUUAGCUGUUCCUAUGUAAGAAAUAUGGUUAUAAAGAAGGGUUGGGAUGAUGAGAACGAUUCAGAUAGUGUAAGUAGUGAUGAGAAUUGUCCUAAAAAUUUAAAAAAGAUGGAAAUUUUUUUUAAAUUUUAUUUAAAAAAUCUAUUUCAUAACAAUUUUGAUAAAAUAUCUAAAUUAAAUAUAACUAGAUAUUUCAACGUUUACAACAACAGGUUUAUAUUUUGUGAAUGUUUAAUAUAUUUCAUUAAAAAAAAAAGAGUACAUUUUACACAUAUUAAAAGUAUAGUAAUUUUUGCAAAAAUUAUUUUGUCAUUUUUAGACUUGUGCAAUUUAUAUUUAGAUUAUUGGUCAUCCAUUUACAUUUUAGUUGCUUCGGAAAACUUCUACUUUGAAAUUGAGAAAAAUCGUGAUAUAAACAUAAAUAUAUUAUUAGAGCAGUAUCCCUUUUUUGAGAAGGGUAGAAAAAAAUUGGCCUUAAAUAGAAGCAUAAAAAAGACAAAAUCAAAAAAGAAUACUAAAAAUUCUUACGGUGAUAUGUGUAAAAAUGGUGAUUUUUUUUUCUCAGAUGACAGUGAACAUUGUAAAACCCAUUCCUCAAAAGGGAACAGUAUGGAGAUAUUUUCCAAAACGAAGAGAGAAUCGAAUGUGAUAAAUAUAUAUGAGUGUAGAAAGAAAGAAGUAUCUAAUGGGAGUAUAAAACUUGCAGUAAAUGGUGGUGAUGUAGUGACGAGUUUAGAUAUGUCAAAAAGGAAUAAUGAUACAAAAGAGGAAGGUACAUAUGAGGAAGAUGAUAAAUAUUGUUUAAAUGGAUUACCUGCAUUAGUAAAUACCUCAAAAGAUGUUUAUGCAGUUAAUAUAAACAAUAGUGAAUAUCAGGUGGAGGAAGAAAAAAUUAGGUCCAAGAAGGAAGAAAGCACAAGUUAUGGAAUAGGAGAGAUAGAUAUGAAUAUUAAUGGUAAUGUAACCACAGAAAAGAACAACACAAAUGCAAUAAGCACAAGUGAAAGUAUAAUCAAUGAGAACAAUUUAAAAAUGAAGAAGGUAUUUUUACAUAAAUUUUUAUAUGCCCACGACUUAUGGAAUAACAUAAAAUUUUGGGAAGUCAGUCUAUUAAUUAUAAUAUCAGAAAUAAUACAAGAAAAUGUUUUACUAGAAAAAUUAAGAUAUGAAAAUAAAGAAUCACUGAUUAAAAAGUAUUUUUUUUUUUUUAAAUAUUUUAAUUUCUAUAAUAGUAUGAUUGAUUUUGGUUUAUCUGUUAACCAAAUUGGCUUAUUACUAAAUAAAAUAUUUCAUGCCUUUAAUUUAAAGAAUGAUCCGAUUUCUAGAAAAUACUUCUUUCAAAUUAUUGACAUAGCAACGAAUAAAAACAUUACCUUAAAUUAUAUUAAAAUGGACUCAAACAAUAUGAAUAAUGAAUAUAAGAAGUAUUAUCUGCAGUAUUAUAACAACUUUUUGAACGACGAUACUAAAAGUGACGAGAGGAAACAAUAA